AUGGUUGCUCCGGCAACUACGACGUACCUGAAGUGCUCGAAAACUGCCAUUACAUUCGACCAAUUAGAUCACCCGGCGCACGUUGCCACCCGAGGGCAGCAAGCGUUGGUGGUCGACCCAGUCGUUGGGGGCACCCGACUGACAAAAGUUCUCAAGGAUGGAGGUAGUGGUCUGAAUAUUCUGCAUGCUGAGACCCUCCAGGGGAUGAGCAUUCCGAUGUCCAAACUCAGUGAGAGCAACAUGCAAUUUCACAGAGUCAUCCCGGGGAAGAAAGUGAAGUCACUCGGGUGGAUUGCUCUUGAUGUGGUUUUCGGUUAUUCCAAGAAUUUCCGGAAGGAGAAGUUGACAUUUGAGGUAGUGGAUUUCUAUAGUGCCUAUCAUGCUAUUCUGGGCAGACCCGCAUAUGCUCGUUUCAUGGACCGUCCAUGCUACGUGUAUCUUAAGUUGAAGAUGCCUGGACCCAGAGGUGUGAUUAUAGUUACUGGGAAUAGACAAAGAGCGGAAGAGUGCCUGCAGAAGGGUUCCAAGAUUGCUGAUGAGCAAAUGGAAGUGGUGGAGCUGGAAGAAUACCAGAAAAACGCCGAUCCGAGUGAUCUGUUGCAAGCCAAGAAGCCUGCUUCAGAGUCGUCAUUUCAGUCGGCCGGUGACACAAAGCCAGUUCACAUUCACCCGGAAGACCCCAAGGCUGCUCCGACCCACAUCUCGACGACACUUGACAGCAAAUAG